AUGGUACGCUAUAACACGGCUGUAAUGACUCUCCUGAAGCGGAUGGGCCCUCGCAAAGAACGUGGCCUCAGCCAACUCCCCAAUACGCUUCUUGGAGAUCUAUCCCGCACGACACACAACAUGGUGGCGCGGCUUUCUUUUCACUGGGAAAGCGAAAGAACAAACAGGACACACAACAGGUCUUCCGAAGAAAUGGUGCAGGGCAAAUCUGUGCCGAGUUUGGACCAAAUCUCCGAUGCGAAUCGGGUACCUCUUGCCGAACAGAUUCCAUGCCUACUUCUCUGCCUGCAGCUCUCGCCACCGGCCCUGCACACCAGCUCUGUCUCCAUCCUGAACCGCUUUGUUCUGUUCAACGUUCCAGUGCGCGGUAGCGCCCCCCAAGUAAAUGCGAUCUUUGCCGCCAUCAUGCUGCACCUGCUUCCGCGUCCGUACGCAACGGUGCCGACGAUAAACCUGAUCUUUGCUGUCAUCACGAUUGGGACCAUUCGAAUUUCUAACAGCGAGGCCGAAAAGUGGGCGGGGCGAAAGGAGUCCGGCAGAGGGGUGCCGCAGUGGGUUCAGAGACAAAACGAAGAGGUGAGGGCGUUCUUAGCAGGGCUGCCGCGGUGGCUCCAGGCACUCGUCCCCACAACCGACAAUUUAGAUUUGGCGGAAAUCAUCGAUGAAAUUGCUCGGCGACUUCCACCAGCGGACGAAGGAUUGCCCGGUGACUACGUCGACGUCCUCGCUGCCCGCACCGACGAGGAAUGCGCAAAGUAUGACUAUGGUUUUACGGUGAGGAACAUGUACCACCAGUCCACAACGCACACGGUGUCCCCGGCAGAGUUCUUGAUGCUAGUUCCAAAGCUGAUUACGUUCUCGGCGAAAUUCAGCAGAAUGCGAGUUGCUGCUCAGAUGGCUCAGAAUGAGCGACUGCUCGACUUCUCACCACCGGUGAAUCGAGAGGCACUGUACUCCGCGUUCGCUUGCACGGCGCUGCGCGGCGCUCUGUUGAAUCUGAGCCUGUUACGGCACACAGAGAAGAUCCUGGCUGUGCGGGCACUCUCCUCAUACGAGUGGUUCUUCAUCACAUCAAUCGUGACCGGCCGCGAAAAGGCGUGGGCGCCAACCGCCUACACGGCAAUGCGUAUUGCAGGGCGCGUGGCCGAGGAGCGGCGCAGAGACGAGAUUAAAAGAAGCGGCAAAGCUGAGCGAGAUGUGUCGCUUUUGGGGUCCAUGGACGCAAAAGGGCGCUUUCUGGUGCUCGCACAUUAUUCCAGCGGCAUGAAUGACCUACGCUUCGAUCACGACCUUUUUAGCGCCGCGCUGGAGUGCACAGAGCCCCUGAUGCGGGAGUACUUCAGGGCACUUGAGGUUGACACCAAUUCUUCGCUGAAGGCCCUUGAUAUGAAGUAUCAUGUCCGACAAUUUCUUUCGGUUGUGACCCGUGCCGACAACAUCAACGAAGAACACCUUGGUGAGGGGUCUGAAGACGUGGCGGACGAGGAGGAGGCCAAAGCCGAGUCGUCACGGCUGGAUGGUGUGAGGACCACCACAGGCAAGGCCACGCUUUCCCUACUGCAAGCCCUGGAGAAGUUCUUUACUGAGCCAAUGCCCGCCGGUUCCGCUGCAGCUGUUGCACCGGCACCGUCGGAUGCCCCGAAGCGCGGCAGCGGUUUUGCCAGGACAAAUUUACCAGACAAAGGAUGCGGCGCCGCAACCCUGUUGGAGGACCCUCCCGAUGAGGAGCUGACCUUGCGUAUGCACAUUGUGGAAUGCGCUAUGGUGUACUGCCUAUGCCGGCACGAGCAAACAACGAAGUGUGACGACACAGCGAGUGAACUGAUUGACCUUUCUUUGCGCUCUGCUCGGCGUAUGCAGCGCAUUAUUGGUGUGCAGCUGCGGUAUAUUUCGUCAGUCAUCCGAGGCACCGAUUGGGACUCGCAGGAAACAAGCCUAGAUGCUGGAAUGUCCUGUGGCACAUCAGCUGAAACAGUGGUUGUAGAUGGUGUGAAGGGAGAAAAGAAGACCCUUCAGCUCGCUUGGAGUACCAUGAAGUUGCUAUCGGCACUUACCGCACGAAAAGACCUCAACUUGGCGGCGCGCGGUGAUCUCGCCGAGAUCGCUUCAGCUAUCAUGAAGGACAUCGCCAUUUUCAUAGACUCGAUACAUGACCACCGUGUGUUGCCGAAUUCUUUAAACCGCAAUCUCGCCAUGCUUCAACGGUGGUACACAGCUCACAAGCGCAUGUUGAAAUCCAGCGCCGUAGCGGCAGACGCGCCGCCGUUUCGUAAGGUUGACGAAAGUGUGCGAAUGGUAGUCGCCUCCUGCUUUGGAGUUGUGCAGCGGGUAUUUCCACCUCGUCACCAUCAGCGGCUGCUCACCGGCGCUGCGUCCACACUUUCUUUCGGGUUUCACAAGAAGUUGGUUAUGGUACGAACGUUGGACUCUGCUGUGUCUCUCGCCCUCACAGCCAACAUGACACUGGAUGAACUGCCGCACAUUGCUGACAUAAUGGCAAAGACGGUAGAUGCGAUUCGUGAAGCUGCCCAAAUGAGGUUCCAGGUGCCGCCCUCCGAUACGCAGCGCUACGAAGCUGAACGAAAACUGCGCAGCUCGUUGCUUCCAAAGACGAUUCAUCUGCUGCACCACAUGUGCACACUAGCAGUCAAUGACGAAGCGUGUCUUACUGCGACAGCAGCUGCGGUGGCGGCGUGCUCUAGCGAGGAACAUAUCGCCUUCUUAUCGUGGAAGAAACGUGAGUCGGUCUUGAGUAUGACGUCGUAUGUCUAUCGUGUCCUCGCGGAUCGCUUUGCGCAAUCACGCGCAAGCCGUGACCUCGCACACCAGCUUUUGAUCAUGGUGAGUCGCUUAGCUCUGGACCGUUUGGCAUACAAAGACUCUCUUGUCUCGGUGCACGAACCGAAGGAGUGCGUGUCGGACCGCGAAGUGGAGCUACGGCACCUGGUGUGUGCCUCACUCAUGUGGCAGGUGUCGUGCGUCGUCGCCUCAACUCUAUUACAGAGUGUACCCCUCGACAAGUACCUCGGGAUCAUGCACACGUACAUCAAGCGACACUUCGUGAUAUCCAUGGGCACGCAAGAAGUGGGCGAGUCGAGCACGCUUGGGAUGGAAGCGGAGCUGGAGUACUGCGAGCGAGUGCUCGCGGAAGUAGGGUUGUCUUCGCGCUCGGCGACGAUGUGGGUGCCGACAACCACAAAGGAGGAGGUGAUUCUGCAGUGCAACUUUGCCAUCGCUGAUGUCUUCUAUGCGCUGAAGUUCCUGGCAAGCCUACUCUACACGGACUCGUGUACUUCCAAUAGCCCAGUCUUUCGUACGCGAUGGAUAAGUCAUGCGGAGCUUGCGUGUGGGCUUCUGAGGCGGUAUCAGCGGUGGAUCGCGCCGUCCGUUUGGCGCAACGUCUGGCGAGAGCUGGUUGCCGUGAAUAUUAUGGUGCGAAUAGGCCGUUUCACCUCUCUCCAACUGCAAGAGGCAGCUGAGACGGCUGCGCAGCGUCUGUUAGUCUUCUCCAAGAUCCGUGACAACAAGGGAGUGUGGAUUGAUACUCGAGUACCGCACCCCGCUGCCUCAGUGGGAGACGCCCGCGCCCACGAGGAGGCCUCCGCGGCAACAGGGAACACAACAGCAACACCGGAGCUUCUUUGCUUUUUAGAUCUCUCGCGAAUGUUCGAGCUGCAGGAGCAAUUGACAGACAUAAACGUGCGGAUCUAUCUUGCACAGCUGACAGAUCGACUGAGCCGGGAGUGCGAGGAACAUGUGCUCAGCCUGGCAGACAGUGGCACUAACCUCGAAGGAGAACGGCGUUUCAGCUCUAACGGCGUUAGUGAAACACAGGCGGAGAGAGAACAGCGUCAGCUGCGCGCCGCCCGCAUGAACAUCCUCUUUACCUGCCGGCGCAUGCGAUCGUAG